UUAGCAUGAAAGAAAUAGUUGUGCAAUACCAAAAUCGCUGAUCCAGGUAUUAAUAUCGUAGCUAUUUAAAGACGUAACACAAUAAAUUCGUAUAUAUUCAGAGAGAAAACAUAGAACAGAACAGACCUCUCUAUCCUGUACCAAAAUGGACAGCAAAGCUAUUCAAAAGGAGCUAAAGGAAAACGGAUUCUGCGUAGUUACAGAAGUGGUACCAGAGGACAAGUGUGACGAAUAUUUGGAAACAUUCCAAAAAUGGUAUGCAAGCGUCAAAGAUGAUGGACAACGCAUGCGUACUUGGAAGUCGAUCAUUAAGACACAUAGGAUUGGACACUUUGAAGCAGCAUGGAAAUGUCGCCUGCAUAGCAAACCUGUAUUUGAAAAGAUAUGGGGAACGGAGAAACUACUGACCAGUGUAGAUGCCGUAGCACUCACACCACCUGCUGAGAAAGAUGGACAGUUCCGAGAACCUGGUGGGUGUUGGUUGCAUCUUGACCAAAGCGUAAAAAGAUUGGGAAACCAUGCUUACCAAGGAGCGGUGUAUGUGGAGGAGACAACGAAGAAAGACUACUGUUUUCGUGUCUUGAAAAACUCACAUGCUUACCAUUCAGAAUUCUUCAAAAAGUUCCCAAAAGCUGCUGACAAAACAAGAGAUUAUGAAUUUUUCAAACUGAACAAAACUCACCGCAAAUGGUACGAAGACCAAGGAUGUCCGUUGACGUAUGUUCCUGUUCCGAAAGGAGGCAUGGUUCUUUGGGAUUCUCGUACGAUACAUGACACAGAUCCAUCGGAAGUCGGACGUCCAAAUUCAGAUAAAUGGCGGGGUGUUGUGUUUGUCAGUAUGACGCCUGCCUUUUGGGCCGACGAAUCUUGUCAUGCAUUUAAACAAGGCGUUUAUAAAAAAAUGCAACUAACCACACAUUGGUCAUCUCAGGGACAGAAAGCAUUUAUGAAUUAUAAACCAAAGAAACGCAAAAGUGAUGGUGCUUUUAUUGACGAACAGUCGAUCGAAGAGCUCCCUCCGGUUGCCCAAACAAAGCAAGUUAAAUUAUUGAUGGGCGUUGAAAAGUAUGAUUUUGAUGACGGUAAACCAAAUGGACCACCUGCUCCAACUUGGAUACCAUAGAUUAUGGACUAUAUUUUGUGCCAUUUCAGCUUGGCUACCAUAUGUAUACUAUUUGUCGUGUCAUAUCCAGCUGAAUAUUGUUUAUAGAAUUAAUAUGUCAUUAUUAAUUCACUUUGUUUAAAACAAGCAUAAAAUAUUUAUGUGCUAAAAUGAUACACUUAUUAUGUAGUUAUGUGUUCACAUAUAUUAAUAUUUCAUCUUUAUACUAUUCUACAUAAAUGCAACAAAACAAAACUUGUUUGAGCACUAUUUGUUAUGUUCAUGAUGUUACAACAUCGCAAUUCAUUACUAACAAACAAGUAUUUUCAUCAGCAUCAAAGUUCCUAAAAUGUAAAAAAAAAUCUUUACUUAUAUAAAUUAGUAAAAUUAUAGAAGCCCAUACCCCGAUUUUACCACUGUAAAAAAAUGUGCAAUUGUUUUAGCUCAUUUCUUAUGCACCGGAAUUACAUUUUAGUAUUUUAGAAUAUAUUAGAAAUGUCAUGUAACAAUUUAGUUAUUGAUAAAUGUAUAUAACUUUAAAUAUUAUGUUAGACAAUCAUUGUCUUGGUACUCUGCAAAUCAUGUAUUGAG